GUCAAACAUCUUUUUUUGCCACACGGUCCUUACAGCACCUCCCGAGUGAAAGUGCAUCUUUAAUAGGAUCCGUUGCGUUUUUUACAGUAUUGGUAAGAUAACAAUGCAUCAGUAUUGGUCAAAACUUAUUGCGGGGGCAUCACUUCUGUUUGUGCUGUCAGUCAGUCAGUGUGCCUCAGCCACAACCGACACCUUGGCUCCAGCUGAGGUCUGGCAGAACAAUGGCACUCUGUAUGCAGCCUGUAAAAUGAAACCAAGUUCCACACUGGCUGAGGGUUUGCCCAAAGUCUAUGGCCAAGUGCUUUUUAGGCAGGAUUAUCCUCAUGGAAAGCUUAAAGUCCUUCUCCGGUUCCACGGAUUCCCAAGUGAGAGGCAGCCAGAGCCCAGAGCUGUGCACAUUCAUCAGUAUGGAGACCUGCAGCGGGGGUGUGAGACCACCGGAGGCCAUUACAACCCUCGAGGCGUCCAGCAUCCCAACCAUCCUGGAGAUUUUGGACACUUUGUGCCCCAACAGGGCAAAAUCAAUACAAUGUUUGAGUCUGAGGCCACCCUAUUUGGCAGUCUGUCUGUGCUUGGAAGAGCAGUGGUUGUUCAUGAGAAGAGGGAUGAUUUUGGACGUGGGGGGGAUGCCGGCAGUCUGUUACAUGGAAAUGCAGGACGCAGGCUCGGCUGUUGUGUUAUCGGGAUUACAUCCUCCAAUCUCUGGAAUACAUACUCCAGGCAGAAUAGGCGCAGAAUUUAACUUCACAAUAUUCCAAAAUUUUCAAUUAUUGAAUGAAUGAAUUAAACAUUCAUUUAAUGGAGUAUUUAAAGCUUCUGCUUAGGCAUGUGCCGGUAUGAUAACCUUAAGCCAAAAUAUCCCGGUUUCACGGUAUUGCAAUUACAACUCUAAAAUGAGUUACAUUGAGAUAUUUGGGCUAAAAAUCAAAACUUUUUUUUUUUUUUUUUACAUUGAACAGGAUUUUUAUUUUCAAAACAUACUAGUAUUCGCAAAUUGGAACAUACUAGUACGUAUAAUGUUACUUUAAAAAUAAAUAUUUUAAAUAAAAUUAAAUGCAGUCCUUUAGGUGAGCCUAAACCCACAGCUCAACAUUAUUACCAUCAGAACAAAAAUAAUAGAUUUAAAAAAAAAAAAUUAUUAAAAAAAGCACAUGUGUAUGACUCGUACCAUGUUUACCUUAUAUACACACUCUCUUUCUAAACACAGACAGUUGCCAAAGAAAAAAAAAACACUUUUUACCACCGCUAGACACACUAAUAAACACGCUGGAGUUAACUCUCGUAGCUGGUGGGACAUGUUCAUGAGUUUUUACCAACCUUUAAUUUUGUAUAAAUGCGAACUCAUAUUGGAGGUGUUGCCUCCUCUGCAGCCAUCCUCCGCAAACCUGUUUUACAUGUUGGUUGGCCCGGUAGGGGAGCGUUGAGCCUUGCAGCUGCAAGUGCGGGAUUUCUCCCUGCAUUUUUAGGACAUAAAAAUAGCUAAUACCUUAGGGACGGUAUGACGGAAAAUUUUUGCGGUUUUGAAACCGUGUCAUUUUUAUACCACAGUAUACCUUGAAACCGGUAAUUGGCACGUCUACUUCUGCUACUUGCACUAGUCAAACUAGCCGACAUUUAGGUUUAUCAAGUUAAGUCAAUCAUAAAAUCGACACAUAUCGAUCCAUUCCUCCCAGCAUUCCUGAAGAUGUGUGAAAAGUGCUUUAUUUUGCAGAAAUAAAUACAUAUUCUACAUAGACAAAACCUGUUUAAAUUUUACAGUUAGUGCUUUCACUACACAAGGACCAGUGCUGGUAAAUGAAAUACAAUAUUGCCUCAUUGUCCACAAAAGAAAAUAAAAACCCCUGACCUAUAGAACUAAGAGGCAAGUGUGCUAACAGCUCACCACAGUGCAACCCUGGUGUGUAUCAUACAGAAACAUAAAAAGUGUACGUUACUCAUAUUUUUGUUCAGUGUUACCAGAUUAAUGCUUGCAAACUACAAAAUCAAUAGACUGGCAAGUUCACCAUGAGCAUUUAAAUGACAAUAAAUAGCAAAGGUACUGCAACUAUCAGUUUUGUUUCGGAGUGUUUUUUUCCCCCACUGUUUAUUUUUUCCCAAGGUUUAUUGAAUAAUUGGUCAAAUUUUGUGUUAUUCCCCUAUGUAUUAAUAACUCAUCUUAAAUAUGAAACUGUGGUCUUAAUGAAACUAAUUAACUGAAUGCUUUGUAGCCCAAUUUUAGUAUAGUAGCGCUUUCUAAAAUGAGAGUGCUUAUCAACGGGACUCUUUGCUUUAAAGCACUGUAAUUCUAAAUCAUUAUGCGCUUCCUUAAAAAAACAAAACAUUAUAGGUUGAGUAAAUAGCAGCCUCUAGAAGUAUUCUGGAAUGUACAGUGCCGGUGUGGAAGCACAACUGUUUCGUGUGAAGCUUGUAUCAAACCGAACACACAAAAUCGUUUGUCCCUAUCGGAAGCUCUUCAUCUUGCCGACUGUCCUGCUCUUUUUCAAAUGGUAAUGAUGUGGCUGCAUGUGCUGAAAUAUUGACGUGUUCCUCUAUUAUGAUGCAUUCCGUUUCGGCACUCUCAACACUGCCUUCGUCUUGAUUGUCUCUUUUGAGGUUGGAUGUCACGCACGGUCGCUCCGAGGUGUUUGACAGCAGGGGUGUAUUCACGUCUACUGAAGAGGAGAGCUCACCACCUGCUUCUUCGUCAUCAUUUGACUGGUCAUUUUCAUGAAGCUCAUUGCUGCUUGGCAAAUUUAAUUCAGGGCGAGAUGAUUCUUCCUCUGCUGAAGGGGGCGACGAGGGCGGCAGUUCUGCUUGAGUUUCAGUCUCUUGUAUUGGCUGUUCUGAAGAACUCAGUUCCGGCUCUCCUGUUAGUAGGUUCCACAACCCUGACGUCUCCAAUGUUUUCAGCUUCUUCUCCAAUUCUGAGACACGAGUCCCAAGAACCCUGACGACAAGGCAUCUGUUAAUAAACAAGUUUGCGAAAUAUGGAAUGAUAAUGGUCAGUACUUGUUAAUUUGUCGCUGGUGCUGAAUCAACAUGUUCUUCUCGUGGAUGGUUUCCAGCAGAGCGGUGGCCAGAGACUUGAGGUCCGAGAUUGACUGGGCGGUGACGGGAAGCGUGCACCCGCUAUCAUCACAAAGUAGUUCUUUCACUGGAUACAAACACACCAGAUAUGACGGUCAAGCUUUCCCCUCACACAAACACAUGUCACAGACAGAGAAUUCCAAGUCAUGCUGGAGUGUAGAGUGAAUGACAUCACACCUUGCUUGGCUGACAGCACCCCAGUUAGCGCACUGCUGUUUGGCUUUCCACAAAC